AUGCUAGACUCUCCGUAUAUCAGACUUGUUUUCCUAGUUGUUUGCGCAGAGCUGUUCCGGCGUCUGUAUAAAGUGUUGACUAUAGGGUUCACCGGACCCCUGUCCAAGGUCCCUGGCCCCUUUUGGAACAAGAUAUCGCCCGUGCCGUGGCGUGUGGAAUUUCUCCGGGGAACUGCAUUUCUUCUGGCUCAAGACCUACACAGGAAAUACGGUGACAUUGUGCGAGUAGCACCAAACUUAGUUCUGGUGUCAGACGCCAGUUCCGUACAUAAAGUUCUUUCCGAGUUGGACCUGCAAAAGAGCCCUUUAUAUGAGAAAUAUAGACAAAAACCUCAUAUUGCCACAUUGUUUACGGAACGUGAUAAGGCAAAGUACAGGGUCCGGCGGAGACUACUAUCCAACGGAUUUUCGAUAAGCUAUCUAAAAGCCCUUGAGCCGUUGAUGCUGGAUUGCAUCCAGGUAUUGCAAGAUGUCCUGGAAGAGCGCUGUUCAGUCGAGGACGGUGCGGCCGUCGUGAACAUCUAUGACUUAAUCAGCAGUCUCGCAUCUGACAUAAUGAGUGAAUCAUCCUUUGGAGGCUCAUUCGGACUCGUCAGACACGGACACCACCCACUGAAGACCAGAAUCACGAACUACAUGAAAAAAGCAGCUUUGUUCCAAACGAUCCCCUUGUUGAACCUUGUUUCUACGCCGCGAGACGAAGAAUUGGAUGCUACUGUCCAGUCUAUCCUUGACAAACGACUGCAUAGCGAGAAAUUGGACGGACGGAAGGACCUUCUCCAGAUCCUGCUGGAGGCCAGCGCCGAGAGCCCGGAUACACUGAGCCAGGAACAUAUCAAAGCAGAGAUGUUUGUUUUUCUUCUUGCCGGGAGUGACACGUCUGCUGCCACAGCAACGUUCUGUCUUAUGAAACUGCUCGAGAAUCCUACUACCCAUCGGACUCUAGUACAAGAGUUGGAAACUCUUCUGCCUGGUCGUAACGAUCUGAUCGUGGAUGAGAGGUCUCGGAAUUUGCCCUAUUUAAAUGCAGUCAUUUACGAAACACUUCGACUCCUUCCUCCUGCAGCCGGAGGGUUUGCUAGACAAGUUUCCACACCGAUUGUCUUACAAGACUACGCUCUUCCAGAGGGAACCCUGGUAACAGCAGACACUACAACCCUCCACCGAGACCCGCGCGUGUGGCCGGAUCCUGAUGCUUUCAUCCCAGAACGCUGGAUCGAUGGUCAUAAAGGCGUGCGGGCCUCAGAGAGGAACUGGUACCCAUUCUCGGCAGGCUCCAGGACAUGCAUUGGAAAACAGUGGGACCCCAUACCCUACAGUCAAAAUCUAAUCAUCAGGGCUAAUUUCGUCCCAGAUUCGCGUUAA